GUUGUGUUCAUCAAAAGUCAAAUUUGCCUUGCCUGCAACGGAUACAAACAGAGGAAGCAAGCAAGCAAGCAAGCAAGAAGCAAAGGAGGACACCAGCUCGCACCAAGCACAAGCCAGAGCAAGCCAGAGCAAGCGAGAGCAAGCAAAAGAAGGUCACACCAUGGCCCGCUGCGCGCUGCCUGUGCUGUUGCUGAAUCUCAACUGCGAGAUGCUGUAUGUGAUUGAGGAACGACUUGUUGCACAGGGUGUGGAUGCAGAGAAAUCAGCCAGAGUCCGAAGUGAUCUUGUGACGGCCAUGUUUGAUCGUGAGUUCAUCGAGACGCUGUUCAAGCCACAGCCAAUGUACGACCAAGCACAGCUCAUGUCCAUGCUGGACCACUUUUCCCAAGCAAGCAUCAUUCGCCUCAAUGCCAAGAGCUUGUCCAAGCUGUUUGACUUGAUGAUCAUGACAGUCAAGUAUCAAUUCUCCUUAUGCAAGUGCGCAAAGGAGAUGCUUGCAGUGACCCUGACCCAUCUGGAAGUGGUGCAUGACACACUGCACCUCUCCCAGUCGUGCCAGCAGCUUGUUGAACACACCAUCAACCUGGUCAAGGAGCGGUACGGCAGCUUGAGCACGGGCACGUGGCAGAGGAUUCGGCACGUCAUCGGCUGCGUUCUUCAGGACAAGCACACACGCACUGCGCUGCAAGGGCUCAACUUGCUGGCGCGACUGGUGGGCGGCAAGAAGGAGGCCAAGCUCUUCCCGCUGCUGCUGUUCUCCGCACACGGCGGUGGCGAUGAUGAGGAUGACGACGACGAUGUGCUGGACGUCGACGAUGUCGACGCAAACGCCAGCUCAGAUGCACUCACGCUUGGCGGGACACACUCUGUGCUUCACGUCGAAGCAUCAACGGGGCGCCAAGAACUGCGCGAUAUGAUGAAGGACUUUGAUGAUGCCGAUGAUGAUGACGACACGAGCGGGAGCAGGAGGAGGCCGCGUCACGCAAGCGACACGGGUGCAGGGGAUGACUUGCUUGCCAUGAUGGAUGCCCUUUGACGAGCCACAACAAUGGCACAACAAACAGCUGGCUCAUUCUGGUGAUGUUUCUCCUCUUGGUUGGUUUCUUUGAAAUGUGGGUCUUCAAUACACCGUCACCAGUGGGA